CCCCCGCACUGCGCAGGCGUCCCCCGGCUGGCCCUCCGCAGUCUGGAAGCCGUACCCGCAUCCCGGCCAGCCGCCCUGCGCCCGCGCUGCCGCGCUGCCCGCGCCCCGUUCUCCCAGCCUGCACGAUGGCGACGCCGCUGACAGACAGUGAGAGGAGGAAGCAGAUCAGCGUGCGAGGCCUGGCCGGGCUGGGCGACGUGGCCGAGGUGCGGAAGAGCUUCAACCGGCACCUGCACUUCACGCUAGUUAAGGACCGCAACGUGGCCACGCCGCGCGACUACUUCUUCGCACUGGCACAUACGGUGCGCGACCACCUGGUGGGCCGCUGGAUCCGCACGCAGCAGCACUACUACGAGCGCGACCCCAAGCGCAUCUACUACCUUUCCCUGGAGUUCUACAUGGGCCGUACACUGCAGAACACUAUGGUGAACCUGGGCCUGCAGAGUGCGUGUGAUGAAGCCAUCUAUCAGCUGGGGCUGGAUCUGGAAGAGCUGGAGGAGAUUGAGGAGGACGCCGGCCUGGGUAACGGAGGCCUGGGACGCCUGGCAGCCUGUUUCCUCGAUUCGAUGGCCACCUUGGGUCUGGCAGCAUACGGCUAUGGGAUCCGCUACGAAUUUGGGAUUUUCAACCAGAAGAUCGUGGAUGGCUGGCAGGUGGAGGAGGCAGAUGACUGGCUGCGCUAUGGCAACCCUUGGGAGAAGGCCCGGCCUGAGUACAUGCUGCCUGUGCACUUCUAUGGGCGCGUGGAGCACACGGCCGAGGGCGUGCGGUGGCUGGACACACAGGUGGUGCUCGCCAUGCCCUAUGACACUCCAGUGCCCGGCUAUAAGAACAACACGGUCAAUACCAUGAGGCUGUGGUCUGCCAAGGCGCCCAAUGACUUCAGGCUGCAGGACUUCAACGUGGGGGACUACGUCCAGGCCGUCCUGGACCGGAACCUGGCGGAGAACAUCUCCAGGGUCCUGUACCCUAAUGACAAUUUCUUCGAGGGUAAGGAGCUGCGGCUGAAGCAAGAAUACUUCGUUGUGGCUGCAACUCUGCAGGACAUCAUCCGCCGCUUUAAGUCCUCCAAGUUCGGCUGCCGUGACCCCGUGAGGACCAGUUUCGAAACCUUCCCUGACAAGGUGGCCAUCCAGUUGAAUGAUACCCACCCAGCCCUCUCCAUCCCCGAGCUCAUGCGGAUCCUGGUGGAUGUGGAAAAGGUGGACUGGGACAAGGCCUGGGAGAUCACCAAGAAGACCUGUGCAUACACCAACCACACGGUACUGCCUGAGGCCCUAGAGCGCUGGCCGGUGUCCCUAUUUGAGAAGCUGCUGCCGCGGCACCUGGACAUCAUCUACGCCAUCAACCAGAGGCAUCUGGACCAUGUAGCUGCCCUGUUUCCCGGGGAUGUGGCGCGCCUGCGGAGGAUGUCCGUGAUUGAGGAGGGCGACUGCAAGCGGAUCAACAUGGCACACCUGUGCGUGAUCGGGUCGCAUGCGGUGAAUGGUGUGGCACGCAUCCAUUCAGAGAUCGUGAAGCAGUCCGUCUUUAAGGAUUUCUAUGAACUGGAGCCAGAGAAGUUCCAGAACAAGACCAAUGGCAUCACCCCCCGCCGGUGGCUGCUGCUGUGCAACCCAGGGCUGGCAGAUGUCAUCAUAGAGAGAAUCGGGGAAGGCUUUGUGACAGACCUCAGCCAGCUUCGGAAGCUGCUGCCGCUGGUCAACGAUGAGGCCUUCAUCAGGAAUGUGGCCCAGGUCAAGCAGGAAAAUAAGCUGAAGUUUGCUGCCCUCCUGGAGAAGGAGUACAAGGUGAAGAUCAACCCUGCCUCCAUGUUUGAUGUGCACGUGAAGCGCAUCCACGAGUACAAGCGGCAGCUGCUCAACUGCCUGCACGUCAUCACCCUAUACAACCGAAUAAAGAAAGACCCAGCCAAGGCCUUCGUGCCCAGGACAGUGAUGAUUGGGGGCAAGGCAGCUCCCGGCUACCACAUGGCCAAGAUGAUCAUCAAGCUGGUCACAUCCAUUGGCAGUGUCAUCAAUCAUGAUCCAAUUGUGGGCGACAGGCUCCGAGUAAUCUUCCUAGAGAACUACCGGGUGUCCCUGGCUGAGAAAGUGAUCCCGGCCGCUGACCUGUCACAGCAGAUCUCCACUGCGGGCACCGAGGCCUCGGGCACCGGCAACAUGAAGUUCAUGCUCAACGGGGCACUCACCAUUGGCACCAUGGAUGGCGCCAACGUGGAGAUGGCUGAGGAGGCAGGCCCUGAGAAUCUCUUUAUCUUUGGCCUGCGGGUGGAGGAGGUCGAGGCCCUGGACCAAAAAGGGUACAAUGCCAGGGAGUAUUAUGAGCGCCUGCCUGAGCUGAGGCAGGCUGUGGACCAGAUCAGCAGUGGCUUCUUUUCUCCCAAGAACCCAGAGUGCUUCAAGGAUGUGGUCAACAUGCUGAUGUAUCAUGACAGGUUCAAGGUAUUUGCAGACUAUGAAGCAUAUGUGCAGUGCCAGGCACAGGUUGACCAGCUGUACCAGAACCCCAAGGAAUGGACCAAGAAGGUUAUUAGGAACAUCGCUUGCUCGGGCAAGUUCUCUAGUGACCGGACCAUCACUGAGUAUGCACGGGACAUCUGGGGCGUGGAGCCCUCUGACUUGCAGAUCCCAGCCCCCAACAUCCCUAAGGACUAGGCAUCCCUCUGGGCAGGGCCAAGGUUUUUGUAGGGCUGUGUUUGCAUAUCAUGCCAGCAUUCAGGCACUUUGUCAGCAACCAGAGGCCUCUGCUUUUCUCCACGCUGUGUUCCUCACAGGGGCUAAGGGGUGGUUUUGAGGUUAAGGCCAAGAAAGGAGGUGCCCAGGAGGCUGACACCCUCCUGGUUUUUCGUAAGCAAAGCAGAGCUUGAAGCAUGGGUGGAACAGGCAGCCCCACAAGGUGGGCAAGAAGUGCAGCUGCCUGAGCCCCCCCACCCCCCAAGCCUUGCAUGAAUCUUGCUGUGAGCGUAGAUCUGUAGUUGUAAGCCUCUUGAUUUUGCAGUCUGGACAUGUGGCCUGGGUGAAGCCUGGGGCCCUGUUUCCACAGCUGCGGCCACUAGAGGUAGCUCUUUGGGCAUCAUCUCCACACAGCCUGUCCUUGCCCUGGGCCACACACAUGGCCUUUCACUGCGGUCCUGGCACGUGUGCGUCAGGCUCAGGGUGGGUGGGAACAGCAUGGGGGGGGGGGGCUCUGCAAGGACCUCUGCCAAGACAUGUCUGGCUCAUACAGGGUCACCUUUUAUUUUUCAAGAGAAAAAAAUAACCCGAGAAGUACAUGGAACUAGCUGCAGCCUUCCCUUGUUCAUGUAGGGUCAGCCUGUGUUUGAGGGAGACUAUGUGGAAUCUCUGCCUGGCUGGAAGUGGCUUAGCCACUGACCCCAGAAAACAGCUACCUGUGCUGCUUCAGGCAUGGUGCCUUUCCAGACACACCCAGGCCAGGAUCUCCUAUAUGCCGCCAUAGUGGCCUGGUCUGAUGCAUGAGUGGGGGAUGGGGUGGGCAUUGUGCGUUUCUGCUCACUUACAGUCAUGGGAAGGUAAAAGCCUCCCUUCUGUAAUCUGAUGCCUUGUGGGUUGGAAAUGUGGAAUACCACUCUGGCAGCUCUGCUGGGCUCUGGGGCUGGCUCUUCCUGUACUUCCUAACGGAAGAGCUUUGCCAGAACCACUGGAGUUUUGGGGCUGUGAUCACCUACUGCCUGUGUAGAGGCCCUGCUCCCUGACCUGUGCGUGCCCACACACUUCAUGCACGCACGUUUCCUGCCUCCUGUGAGAAGCUGAUUAAAUCUUUGUACCCACA